CGCGGGCCCCGCCGCCGCCGCCAUGGUGCCGUGCGGGGCGCUGCUGUGGCGCAGGCUGCUGAGGAAGCGCUGGGUGCUCGGCGUCGUCUUCGGGCUCUCCCUCGUCUACUUCCUCAGCAGCACCUUCAAGCAGGAGGAGAGGCCGGUGCGAGACCGCAGCCUGCUGCAGGUGCAGGAGCACGAGCAGCCCAUCGUGUGGAAGGUGCAGUUCAGCCUGGGCAACAGCAGCCAGCUCGGCAACCAGUGCAGGAAUUCGGUGCAGGGGAAGCUCCUCAUCACGGAUGAACUGGGCUACGUCUGUGAGCGGAAGGACCUGCUGGUCAAUGGCUGCUGUAACGUGAACGUGCCCAGCACGAAGCUGCACAGCUGUGCGAGCUGCCUCCCGAACGGCUGCUGCAGCGUGUACGAGCACUGCGUCUCCUGCUGCCUGCAGCCCAGCAAGCAACAUCUUUUGGAGCGUUUCUUGAACCGGGCAGCUAUAGCUUUCCAAAACCUCUUCAUGGCAGUGGAAGAUCGCUUUGAGUUGUGUCUGGCAAAAUGCAGAACCUCAUCACAGAGUGUGCAGCAUGAAAACACCUAUAGAGAUCCUAUUGCAAAGUACUGCUAUGGCGAGUAUCCCCCAGAGCUUCUGCCUGUUUGAAAGCUGCAUGAUCUGAGCAACAAGGGGAAGGAGCUGGAGACUGGAAUCCAGAAGAGCAAGGCAACAACUGGUGCUUUACAAGAACUUCAGGGUGAACGGUUCAUGAUGUUUUCUGGGACAAACCCAGAACUAGUCAGUGUAAAGAAGGGAUUUGAAUUCUCUGGGACUGAAUUUUGCUCUCUUCAGUUGUUAACAUGACUGCUUUGGAGCACUAGGAGGACAUUUGAAUACUGAAAUAUUUUGUGUAAACAAAUAGCUAGCAUUUGAAGAUGCAUUGAGUGGAUUUAGGCUAUAGAAAUUUUUGUGUAGGAAAAAUACCUAGUACAGCUUUGCAGUUGUGCACAAAGGUUCAAUUGUGUCUCUGCAGCCCAGAGGCUUUCCAGAUUGACAGCAACAGUUAGAGGAUUUGUGCUUUUAGAGAGAAGCAUCGCCUGUUGCACUUCUCUCUGGAGCACUUUGACAUGCAUGGUGUACACUACAUAUGUAAUUAUGAAUUAUUUAUUCAGUUUAUAUGGAUUGCUAGCUGAAAGUAUUGAUGUUUCACAUAGCUAGUUGUUGAUGCCUUUCAGUUCCUAUUUCAUUAUAUUGGGUAGAAAGGAUCCUGACUAAAAUUACGUAUUUUUCUUCUCCUUGGUCUGAAGGAUUUGUAUCAAGAUCACUAUAGUGCUUAUGUUCCUCCCAGGUGAGCUUAAGGCACUCAGAACUCCAAUGGAGUUGUUAUUCUGUCAAAGUCCCUUAAUAUGAGAGGAUUGCAGCAUUUUUCUGGGGUGGUACGUUUAUUUUUUAAUGCUUUCCUCAUUGCUCUCCAGCAGUUUCCUCAAAGAAGAGUCUAAAUCUUAUGAACUCUGCUAGGCCAUUUUCUCAUGGGGAGCACUGAAGAUUUGUUUGCUGCAAUUCAUUCAUGUCCUGGUGAUUCUAACAUACUUCACUCCUGGUUGUUCAGGAGGCAAAGGGUGGAGCUGUUCCAGGAUUCCAGUUUAACAAAAUGUCCUUGCAUAUUAAGUAAUUACACUAGAACGUCAGAACGUUGUGCAAGCCCUCCAGUGAGGACAGCUGUGUUGUAGGAGUUCAGUUAAAACUUCUGUGAUGUUUUGAUUUGCACCGUGACAUGCUUGCUAUUCUUAAAUUUCUGUCUCGUCAGAACUGUGUGAGAAGACAAUGUUGGUUCUCCCAUCAAUUUCCCAUAGCUCUCUGAAGCUGCUGUUUAAGCAUCUUCURACUUGUAAAGACUAAGCAAGGCUAUGCAGCAGUGAGUAAAUUUUAGAUAAGCUGGAUGA